CAAAAAACGUCUUUUGAAAAGAAUUAAGAAAUUAGUUACCAAAAACUUAAGAUAUGGACAAAAUGUUGUGCAUGAUGGUCUUUGGUGUUUUAGCCGUUGCAAGUAUGAUGCAAGACGCAACAGCCCAAACGGUGCAUGUGGUUGGGGACGAUAUGGGUUGGAUCAUACCAAGCAAUGGCGCGGCAGCUUAUACAACUUGGGCUGCUGGGAAAACCUUCAGCGUUGGUGACACACUAGUAUUCAAUUUCAUGACCGACCGACAUGACGUGCUGCAAGUAGAAAAAACAUCGUUCGAUGGUUGCAAUUCACAGAAUGCCAUAGGGAAUGCCAUAAUGACAGGACCAGCAAAUAUGACUCUAGACUCUACUGGAGAACACUACUAUAUUUGCACUUUUGGUAUGCACUGCCUAAAUGGCCAGAAAUUAGCUAUUACAGUUUCCAGCGGCACCGGUACUCCAGAAGCCAACCCGCCUAACCCAAGCAAUCCAACAACUCCUGUUGUGCGACAACCAGAAGCUUGUGCACCUACACCCUCUGCUGCAGGACCUUCAAAUUCUGUUCCAGGUGGUCGUCCUCCUCCUCCUCCUCCUCCUACGCCUUCGUCCUCAACGACCGUGUUGGCCAGUUUUGUACUCAGUCUGUCCACCAUUGCCUUGGCCACUUUACUUUAAAUUGGGCAAAUUAAGGAGGUGUUGAGCUUCCUAGUUUAUACGUAAUAAUAAUGUGAUGGAUUUUUUUUUAAUUAUUGGAUUGAGUUU